CCUCAUGCAAUACCGCCAACUGCCUUCCACGUGCCUUCGAUAUCCGUAAUUAGGUACUUAUUCACCUUCACAUUUCGAUAGCAUAGCACACGUUUUAAUCGCGACUCUUCCGGUCUCGUCUUCGUUCAUUUAUUCGCCGCGGUUGAAACGAUCCUCCUUUUAUGCGCUUCAACAGAACAUCCAUGAUUUUCCAUGUCAGCGCCAAGUUCCCCCCCUCGAGAGUCUAACGGCGCCUCUCAAGCCGCAGCGCCCGCGCGCGCUUCCUUGACUACCACCAACAAUCCCGAACUCGACCUUCAGAAGCUCCAAUCGCUUCCCGCCGAGCAGCAGGACCUCUUCCUACUGAACUUCGUCUCCUCUCUAAGCAAACAUGUCCAUAGCUUGUCGAAUGAUGAUUGUACUGCCCAGCAGUUCUACCUCAAAAAAGAGGUCUUCCAGAUAAUCAACCUGUCCACGCCCUCCCCUAGCCGGGUUAUAAGGGUCAAUCUUGGCAAGAUACUUGCCUACUUCCUCGGGAAUGGAGAUAGGAAAUUACUCUUCGAUACUAUAAACGAGCUAGUCUCUAUAAUAUCCACCGGGAAAUCCAAGACCGAAAAUGAAGUUCGAACCAGACAUGCCGCUAUCAGUUGCUUGGGCGAUGUGUACGCAUCCGCCGGUGACAGCGCCAUCGGCCUGCACCCAUUGGCCUGCGGCGCCCUCGUCAAGCUGCUCAAAUCGUCACAAAGUCAUGCUGGGUUACGCGCUGCCGUGCUUAUUUCCUUGAACAAAAUUGUAGGCAUGGUGCGAUCGAGCUUGGAUGAGAGCAUAGCUAGGGAUAUUUGGAAGCAAGCACGGAAUGCCGCCUCGGGCGACAAAGGUUCCCUAACUGUCGUGUCCGCUUGCCGUUGUCUAAAGUCGUUGGCCAGAUAUACUUCGUACUUUGAGAACUCGGGCGAUUUCGAGAAUCUGAAGUCGGCCCUCUUUAAGACCAUCGAUUCUAAUUCCUCACACGUAAGACACGCCGCUGCGGACUGUUUGGCCGAAGCUAUGGUGAAAAGUCAUUCCGAGUCCGCAUCGGCAGGGGUACCGAAGAUCAAAAAGUCCAAGUCUAAAGCUAGUAAAAGGGCCUCUAUCCAGCCGGGCGUAGGGUUGGAGGAAGACGAUGAUAUUCCGUCGCGGCCAGGUAGCCCAGCGCCCGGCAAAAAAAGCCAGGUCCUCGUCUUGUCGCUAAGUGACAUUUUUAAGACUCUUACGACUCAGUACGUUAGACUAUCUACUACCAACAGAGCCAGGGCAGCCAUUGGUGUUUGCUAUGGAAGGGUUUUGAAACGAUUAGGAGAGAAUUUUGUCGAAAAGAAUUAUUUGAGAAUCUUGGAGAGCUUAACUAUCGACUUAUUAGGCCAUCAGAACAUAGUCAACAAUCGAUAUAGACUCCUCAUCUCGCGUCGAAUUGUCGAUACGGUCCUGCAGGUUGUAAUAGGUCGCAAGAUACUUGGGGAAUCAGGCCAGACGACUGUGGCUAAAGUGCUCGUCAACGAUGUUUUUAAGAACUAUCCCCAAACGCUCAAAGAGCGACCUGAGCCGACAAAGCAUGCCCUGAUCGCAGCUCUUGGCGCGGUAGCAUCACUUAUCAAGUCGCUUGGAUCUGCCGCGAAUAAUUUCGCAGAACCCUGUCGAGAUGGAUUAUUGCAAGUACUUCAGCAUCCCAGUUAUAGCGUCCAGGUGUCUGCUUCGUUCUGCAUGAAAACGUUCGUUCUUGCGUGUCCGCAGCAGCUCCUACCUUGCUUGUCUGUUUGUAUGAACAGUCUUAGCAGGGAGUUGUCCCUACUCGGAGGUGCGCGAAACUCUCCGAGAAGAUGUGUCGGAUUCGCUCAUGGAUUGGCUGCAACCCUGAGUGCCAGUCCGUCUCGUCCGUUACAUGGCUCCCUCGAUAUUAACAACCGGGUCUACUCCAUGGCUACCAACCUGCUCAAGUCCAGUGGUCAGUCCGAGCUUCGCGUCUCGAGCACGCAGGUCCAGGUUGCGUGGAUCCUCCUCGGGGGACUAAUGUCGCUGGGACCUAAUUUCGUCAAGAUUCAUCUCUCGCAGUUGCUUGUUCUCUGGAAAAACGCCCUGCCAAAGCCGUUGGCGAAGGAUAAUUUUGCUCAUCGUAACAUCUUAGAAGUUUCGUACUUAACUCACGUCAAAGAAUGCGCGUUGGGUUCUAUUCUCUCGUUUCUUCAGUUCAACAGCCGCUUGUUAACUGUUGACGUAUCGAAACGCAUUGCUACGAUGCUUCAAAAUACCAGCGUGUUUCUUAAGAUGCUACCCUCGAAGAAAACCACCGAUGAUAUUUCUCAAAGGUUGACUCCUGCUUUGCAGCUGCACGACCUUGACAUGAUGGUCCAGCGACGAGUUUUGCAAUGUUAUACUAUGCUGGUGAACCAAAGCCCAGCUGGAGGGAGCGAGUCGCUUCUACAAUCCAAUCUCCUUACUCUGGCAAUAUCGCUGUUUGCCGACCCCGAGAAUUACGCAGCUAACACCCUCAGCGCGUCUAUCGCCAACGCUGCGGGGACCUUUGAGACUAUCUGGGAUGUAGGUGACAAUUCCGGGUACGGCGUCAACGACCUAGUUCGCGGUUUCAAAAUCAAGAGGCUCCCCGGAGAGAAGGAUGAUUCGGACGAUAAGCCAGAGACGGACGAGCCUAAUCCAGAUGAAAUUAUCGACGACCUGCUUCUGUCGCCGAUCUGCUCGUCGCUGGAGCACGAUGCCGCUGUGCUCUACGUUGGCGAGCAAGAUUCAUCCGCGGAUCUUCCUGCUCCUCCUGCUACCGAGGUGGUGAAUAUGGCAAUUCAGCUGUUUGCGUUCGUCUUCCCCCUUACGCCGGCCAAAGUACAGGAGAGCGUUCUCGAACAGAUUGCUACGUUCACUUCGGCUGGUUCGCUACAGCGCGACCUCGGCCGUAAAGCAGCCAUUACUGUGAACGUCGCCAGUGCUCUGUUCCUUACUCUAAAGGUUGCCGUGAAGGAGACUCAGUCGCCGGCCGGCAAUCUUACCAACAUAGCAGUGGAAAAGCUCCUACAAGAAAUGACUAGGAGCUUCGUGGUCGAUCCGGACCAGUAUAUACGCAGCCUAGGUUAUGGUGCUAUUGCCCGUCUCUGUAAUGCAUGUGGCAAUGCGUUUACGAACCACGAGAUUAAGCAUUUAGUCGAUACCAUCGUAGGAAAUCGGGAACCUAGCGCUCGAGCAGGGUGCGCCAUGGCUCUGGGUUCUAUCCAGUCGAAGGUAGGCGGCAUGGGUGCUGGGUACCAUCUCAAGACGAUCACUGGUAUCCUGAUGUCUCUGUGCAAUGAUCCGCAUCCGACAGUACACUACUGGGCCCUCGAGGCUCUAGCUGAUGCCGCCGACGCUACGGGCCUUGGCUUCUCGCCGUAUAUCUCCGGAUCCCUCGGAAUGGUCUCUCAACUUUACCUUUCGGAAACUCAUCAUUCCGAAGUAGCUUCCCCUAUCUCUAUGAGCUUGGAGACGGAGUUAUCGACUACGGCAGCCAUCACACGUUGCGUCGACUCUCUGAUCAACGUCGUGGGACCGGACUUGCAAGAUUCUACUAAAUCGCGCGAGUUGAUUCUCACUCUCGUCGAUCAGCUGCAGAGCGAGGAGGAUGUUCUCGUACAGCGCGAAAGCUUAGCGUGCUUGGAGCAUCUAUCCCUGUAUGCUCCUGGGCACAUGGUAUUCAGCGACUACGUCAAAACGUUACAGAAAUAUCUCAACUCCGAAUUUCCUAUCCUUCGCGACGUUGCGGUAGACGGUCUUUACAAUCUGAUGAAGAGGAACUCCCUCGACGUUCUGGAAGCAGCCAAUCCAGGCUUUGAGGACCAGCUAUGGCUCGUGCUAGACGUAUCGCCUAGCCACGACGGAAUUCGCAAUGUUAUCCGGAACUGGCUACGUCAGACUGCGUUAACAGAAACCGGCGCUUGGCUCCUCCGUUGCCAGAACGUUCUCAAGAUGACCCGACCAAAAGCUGCCGAGGAGACGCACGACGUCAACCGAAAGCCGACUGCCACUAUCGAUCUGCAGGACGAAGAAGUUGCCGGCUUCGCUGCGGCCGCCGGCGCCGCUAAGGAUGAUAAAGACUCGCCUUCAAAUUCCGAAAUGGAGCCUUUGCGCUGGCAAGUUAGGACGUUCGCGAUGAGUUGUCUCAAUGAAAUAUUCUUGAUGAUUGGGAAAGACGUUGCUACAAACGGCGAGUCGCCCGCGCAGUCCGCCCUCCAGGCCAGAAUCGCCGACGUUAUCCGUAUGGCUUUCUCAGCUUCGACGUCUAGCGUGUUGGAGCUAAGGAUAUGGGGGUUGAAGAUAAUCGGUGCCGUCUUGAGAAUGUUUGGCAAAACACCGGACCCUGACUUCGAGGAGGCGAUGCUCCUCGAACAAUACCAGGCGCAAAUCAGCUCGGCAUUGACGCCUGCUUUCGCUGCAGAUUCGUCUCCCGAAUUGGCUGCGGAAGCUGUUAACGUGUGCGCCGCGUUCAUCUCCACGGGUAUCGUGACGGAUGUCGAUCGCAUGGGGCGUAUCUUAAAGACGCUCGUUACCGCCCUUGAGAACUUCUCUACGGAAACGGAGAACGCCGGGAUUGGCGACCUCAAGGGUCUCAGCUCUAACGCGCAGGUAAUGGUUAAGAUGUCGGUUUAUUCGGCAUGGGCGGAGCUUCAGGUAGCCAGCUCGGAGCAGAAGUAUCUACUCGACGUAUUGAAGCCUCACAUCGGCACUCUGACGCCGUUGUGGCUGGCCUCGUUGCGGGAGUUUGCUCGGUUGAGGUUCGAACCAGACAUUUCGAUGACGUUGGGUCCCCCGUCUAUGUCGGGUAGUCUAGAUACCAUCUAUGCGGCCCUCAACCGCGAGACGCUUCUCAAAUUUUACCAGGAAUCCUGGUUAAAACUUGUCGACGCUAUUGCGAGCCUCAUCGAGCAAGACAGCGAAUUUGUUUUCGACGCUCUAGAUGGGAAGGAAGCUGACGCGUCAGGUACUAAUGGGCAAUCUAAGAGCGCUGAUAUUAAUUAUCGCGACGAACCGGUCGCUUUCUUCUUCGUCCUCUUCGGCAUCGCUUUUGAAGCGCUUGCCACCAAGUCGAGCCAAGUUGAUUCCUUGGCUACUCAGGAACAAACUCUCGAGAUACUGCAGGCUCUUAAGAAGAUCCUACAUCCGAGCGUUUCGGGCCAUGCUAUCUACCGAGAGGCAAUCUUCUCCGAGACGAUGGAUUUGCUGGAUCGCCUCGUACUGACAGAGGGUCUCGACGUUCAGGGAGUUAUAGUCGAAAUUGCGCGCGCCCUUUGCGUUGCUCAUCCUUCAGCAAGGAAACAGGAGCAGCAAGAUGACGGCGACUUAAGCGAAGACAUCGAGCAGCUAUUCGAGCUCACUAGGAUCAUCGUUCUAGUGCUAUCCGGGCUAUUGCCUAAUUUGACCGAGACGAAUCAGCCAGUGCGCCAUCAUCUGACCGAGGAGGCCGUCCUUCUAGUACGGACCGGGUUAAAUGCCAUGGUAGAUGCGGCAGAAGUGUUCCCGGCAAUCAUCAAGACGGACUUGCAUGCUUGUAUAAUCCAUAUCUUCGCCACUAUACUGGCGACGCCCUCCUGCCAAGAGAUCAUCGUCCCGCAAGCUCUCCCCAUAUUUAAAAGGUUUAUGGCGACCAUGUCUAGCUCUCACGGCUCGGCAGAGGCGAAGUCGGCCAGCGACGUGCAAGUAGAAGGUUGCCUACGCCGAUACUUAUCCAUCUAUCUAAAUGCGCAGAAGCGCGAGACGCCUACUUCUCUGCAGUGCGUCAAGAACUGCCUGCUCGCAAUCACAAUACUCUUUACGGGGGGGAGCAAUCGUCUUGCGGCUAACGACCGCCUCGUGGCGAAAUAUCUCGACGAAUUGGUGGAUUGUCUAACAGACCGCAUGACGGCUAAGAUCGCAGCAAAUUGCAUCCGAUCUCUCCUGUUGCAGCCAUCCCCUUCGCCUGCCGACCAGUCCAUCGCUCGCUAUCUCCUCCCCCGAUUGGUCGCCUUCGUAGUCGACACAGAACCAGAGGAUCCGGAAGACGCGCGCAAGCUCGUGGCGCAGUCUCUAACGCAGUACGUAGCGACCCUAGGCAGCGGACACGCGCAGAUCGCCAUGUCUAUCGUCGUGCCGACUCUGCUUUCCCGCGCGGCUAGCGAGGGCACGGACGUGUACCACGAAACGAGCGCGAGACUAUUGGAAUUAGCGUCGGCGGACCAGGCGGGGUUCAGGGGUGUGGUAGCGGCGAUGAAUGAGGGGCAGAAGGCAUUUAUGGAAGAAGUGAUCCGGUCGGGUCGGCAGAGCGGUGGGCCGGCGAAGAGCUCAAGCACCCAGGGCCAGCCGAGUAUUGCGUUGAAGAUGGACUUUGGAGGUUAAAGGGUUAGAAGAACCUAAGGUGAGUUACACGUUUACAAGGAAGACGCCGUGAAAAGUCACAUCUGCUGUAACGCUUCACGAGGUUUGUAGCCGGUUAGUUAGGUAUUAUGAAGGUAAAUAACUACCUACGUUUGUUACGUAGUACACCACAGUAAAACGAGUAUAUAGCCCCUUAUGGCAGGCGAGGCUAUUGAGUAGCUCGUAAGAAACAAUAGCAAUAAACAAUGUCAUGAUCCCA